AUGGGCAUCCUUUUCCUGUUCUCACGCCUUAGACUGGACAACCUGACUCUGAUGGAGAUUAACACGACACGGUCGUUCCUGCUGGACACUCUCAACUGCAUGUAUAAACUGCGCUCAAACCUGCAGCCGGCUCCAGUGGGGGCAAAGCCCAGGACCACUGAUCUCCUGUUUCUCCCCUCAGACUGUAUUGUGAAGCCGCCCACCAGACAGUCUCAUGUCAACAACCCAGACACCAGCGAACACAUAAUACGAUUGGAGAAUACUGAGCUGCACAUGUUGCCCGCUGGUGCCAAGAGGUCGAACAACACCCUACAGCCAGGGCAGCCAGGGCCCUCUAAUACGAAGAAGGAUAAAGGAGGGGACCAAGAUGGAAGGAACAAGCUCAACCAGGGGUCCAGUCAGAACCAGGAUCAAAAGAUCAAGUUUCUGAUCAAUGUGCCCAUGUGGGUCCCACUACCUGACAACAACAGAACACAGGAGCAAAUCCAGUCGCAGGUUCAAAGGUUACUGAAGUUGUUGGAGGAUACAGGAUUUAAGGAGGAAGAUGAGGAGCACCUGAAAGAUGUGGCCAUCAUCAUUGGCCUCAAUGGCAAAGAAUCUCCUGAGCUCAGGAAGCAGCUGCCAAUGCUGAUGAACGUGAAGGAGAAUACGGUAUUGAAGUUUAAAAAGAUUUCAUUUACCUGGGGACCCAAAGGUGACAUUAAAUAUGUAGACAGUAUAAAUAAAAAGAAAGGUAUACCAUAUACGGAUAUCAGAGAAUAUCUAAAAGAUCAUGAAGAAACUAAAGAGCUUGUUAGAGAGUUGAGAGGACAGGAUCCUGACGCUCUGAUCUAUUUCAGUUUCAUUGACGCUGAUACUGUAGACUUUAACCAAGUGUACAGCUCUUAUUUAGAGAUAGUCAGAAAGCACUCUAACACUCACUCUGGCAUCCCACCAACGGUGAUGUCAACAGGCUAUGAGUUUCCUGAGGGGGAUUUUAAGAGGCCAAGCCAGGUUGACAGAGCGAUUCGAAUUGAGACAGCAAAACACUUUCCUCUCGGCACAUACUAUCCAGAGCCCAACUUCUGUGUUUUACUCCUAAAGGGGGAGGACACACUAACAGAGAGCUUUCUUGGAAAAGGCAAAACAAUGGAGUCGCCAAAAUGUAUCAAAAAAGUUAAGGACCGUGAAAGAUUCACAGCAGUCUUUACCGCUGACAAUCCCAUAAUUACCACUGUUCCAGCAAGGUGUAAAAUAAAUAAUGAUGGCCUGACAACUGCUCAAUCACAUUAUAAUCCUAGGGUUUGGGCAACAAGUGCAUAUAUCCAUGGUGAGAUAAAGAGUGAACUAAAGGGCCAAGGAAGUUCUGGUAAAACAAGAGCAUUCUUGAUGGAACUGUUGACUUGUCCAGAUGAGAAAUUUGAGGACAAGUGUAAAGAACUUCCUGUGGUGAAUAAUGAUGCAUUUCUGAGCCUGUGUAAGGCAGCUGGCAAGGUCCGAGAAUACAGAAAGAAAGUGAGUGAGGAUGAGAACCAACAGGAUAAGAGCAGGCCGGCAGAGAGCAGAGCAAAACAACCAGAGAUGUAACGCAUACGUAUUCAUGGCAGCUCUAAAGCCUAGACUUAUGUUGACAUAAAAAUCUGUAGCAUUACUUUUUUACGACUUUUGUUAUUUUGCCGUAAUGUAUUGAGACACUGUUUGUACCCUGGGGACAUUUAUUUUGAAAGCGAUAGUAUUCCCAGAGGCACCUUUGAGAGAGUGUGGAGAAAAAGACACAGAGUGGAUAUUGAUGACUGCUUGGCUGUAUCUCUUGGUCCAGAGAAAUUCAACUACACGUAAUAGUUUUCCAUUGUAGCCCGUGUUUUAUUUUGACUGCCAAUCCACAAGUCCUCUGUUGGAGGUAGUGUUAAAUAUCUACAAGCAGAAAUAAGGGUGAUACAAAUCUAUCCAAUCCAGAAUGAGAAUGUCAUUUCCGAACAAGACAUAAACUCAAAUGUUGCUAAAUGACCUGGAUGAAUCUCUAGUCAUACACAACUAUGGCUGUAACCGUUUGUGCCAGAAUACUCAGACAUCAGCUUUCAUGGUGUAAAGGUGAGGAGUGUUAUACAGUAUAAAACAAUUAGGAAUGAGAGGUAUAAUAAGUUAGUCAGGAAACAAAGGUUAAAUCACUUACAGUUACAACAAGUGCCAUGGAAUUUUAGUGACCACAGUCAGGACAUCUGUUUAAUGUCCCAUCUGAAAGGCUGCACCUGACGCAGGGCAAUGUCCCUGUCAUUAUCCCUGGGCAUUGGGAACUCCUUAGACCAGAGGGAAGAGUGCCCCCUACUGGCCCUACAACACCACUUCCAGCCUACUGUAUACAUAUUUGUUGUGUCCGAUAUAAUUGCUCCAUUCAAUCCAUAGCACUAAAGAGCUGCGCUAUAGUGUGAUUGAAAUGUAAAGCUAAUUUCCGAUUGAGUCGAUAUAUGCAGCGUUUACCGUGAAUGCAGUCUCCGCAAAUGUGGGAACAUGGCUUUUAAGUUGAAAUGGCUGUUUUCCAUUUAAACAUGCAUGUAGGGUAGAUAGGGUUUGAUGGAAGAGUAGAGAAACUUUUCUGACUGUGUAACGGAUCUCCUCUUCGUCGGAUGAGGAGUAGCAAGGAUCGGACCAAUGUGCAGCGUGGUAAGUGU